AAACAUAGCACCAUGUUGCUCACGGUCUUUAUUUUGCUUCUUGGCCUGGUCGUUAUUGUUACCGCUGGGCUAGUCUAUCUGUUUACUCCACCAAGAGACUUCCCCAAAGACAUCCCCACAAUACCAUUCUACUACACCCUGCUCCCACUAAUCCAAAACAACGACCAAGUUGACCUCUACCGGAAAUACCUCGAACGCCCACUCACCGAAUACGGCGCAGUGAAGCUCUUCUUCGGUGGGCGCUGGAACAUCCUCGUCCGCAAACCAGAGUACAUCGCCGAAGUCUUCAAGCACGAAGACAUCUACGCGAAGAGCGGGAACCAGAAGAAGAUUCCUCAUGGCGUGCUCGCGGAGUAUACUGGUGAUAAUAUCAUCAGCGCCCAUGGGGAGAAUUGGAGGCUUUAUACUUCUAUUAUAAAGCCAGGCCUGCAGCAGGACUAUGACCCGGUGCAGAUAUGGAGCAACUCUCGCCUGCUUGUUGACCUUCUCCUGGAACAACAGGUGUCUGGGGGGUCUGUAAAUGUUAACCCGCUUCUUCAGCGAUAUACUCUGGCGAAUCUGUCAGAGGUGCUACUCGGGUCUAGUUUUGAGACACUGCAAAGGCCAAACGCACCCCUCCACGCAUUCCAGCUCCGAAUCAAGCCCAAGAUAUUCGAUCCCAUCUUCUUGAACUUCCCACUUCUCGAUCACCUAAACCUCCCAACCCGUCAAGAGGCACGCAAGCUGGUAGUUCAAUUCACCGAUGAACUCUGCAACACCGUCAAAAGGGGCCACGCAGCCUGCCACAACCACGAAAAGAGCGUCCCCAAAAACCUGGGCUGCCGACUUCUAGGCGCAUUCGAAACAGGCAUGCUAACAGAGCGACAACUGCGACACAACAUGAUCAGCACAUUCCUCGCAGGCCACGAAAACCCACAACUUCUACUCAUCUCAGCCUUAUUCCUCCUCGCAGAACAUCCUAAUAUCCAAGAAAGUCUGCGCGCUGAGAUCACCUCCCUGGACAGCAGCGAACCAACACCGCAAACCCUGGCAUCCCUCCCCCUCCUCAACGCCGUAAUCUACGAAGUCCUCCGCCUCUACCCACCAAUCUCGCAACUGAUAAACCGACAAACAAAAAGCCCAGUCCUACUGGGUGGGAAAAUCCCCAUCCCAUCUGGGACAUAUCUCGGAUACAACGCCUACUCCACAAAUCGGGACAUCACGUUCUGGGGAGCCAGCGCGGACGAAUUCAAACCUGAGCGGUGGGGCACAAAUAUGGAUGAGAUCAAUGCGCUGUUCCGACGCGCGAAUGCUAAGGGUGCAUUCAUCAGUUUCCAUGGUGGGCGAAGGGCUUGUCUAGGGCAGAAGUUUGCGAUGCUUGAGGCAAGGGUUGCGUUAGUUGCACUGUUGGGGAAGGUAAGGUGGGAAUUGGAUCCUGGGUGGCCGAGGAUGAUGACGCCGGCUGGGCCUCUCUAUGCCCGAAACCUGCGGCUUAGAUUCUAUGAUAUCAAGACAGGGCGAAGUGACAAAUUAGCGUAGUGUUGGCUUUUUGAUCGGUUUAAUUGGAGUUAUCAUGCUAGACGUAUCAAAUGAAUUAUUUACUGUUG